ACCGCUCUCAGGAUCCUCUCUGACCAGGGCCACCCAAAUAAAAGAAAGAAAGAAAAGAAAGAUCAGAUUGUUUCUUGCCGGUUACAUUAAAAUGCCGCUAAUAGUAGUAACUGGCAUACCGUGCAGCGGUAAAACGACGAGGAGCCUCGAGCUGAAGGAUUACUUCGAAAAGAAAUUGAAGGAGAGCGGACAGAACGUGGAGAUAAUCAUAGAGUGCGACGCGAUAAUUCAAGCGGGUUACAAUAAAAAUGAAUGUUUUGCUGAUUCAAAAAAAGAGAAGGCUGUUAGGAGUUCAAUCAAAUCGGACAUUCAACGUAAAUUGGACUCAAACGACUUAUUGAUAUUCGAUGGCAGCAAUUAUAUCAAGGGAUAUCGAUACGAAAUUUAUUGCACGACUAAAUUAUACAAAACUCCUCAGUGUACGCUGCACUGUAACUUGCCAAUCGAACAAGCUCGAUUAUGGAACAACAAACGACCAGAUUUGGAUCGAUAUGAUGAAAAUAUCUUUGACGCGCUUGUGUCCAGGUACGAAGCACCAGAUACUACAAACCGAUGGGAUUGUCCACUUUUCACAAUUAUGCCAGAGGACAAUCUAAUGUAUGAUGAAAUUUAUUGUUAUCUCUACAAAGGCAAAUUACCAAAACCAAAUAUGAGUACCCAGAGUCCGCCAUUAGCGUCCACAAAUUACCUGUAUGAAUUGGACAAUACAACAAAAAAUGUGAUAAACGCGAUACUGUCGAUGCAACAACUGGGAAUUAACUACGAUAUAAAGAUACCGAAUUCCAGUGUGAAUUUGGAACGUGCAACCGCGCCGUCAAAACUUGCGAUGUUACGACGGCAGUUUAUAACUUUUAGCAAAAUGCAACAGAAUGAAGUUGAUCAAAUUGCCACAUUAUUUGUACAAUAUCUCAAUAACAAUGUACAGUAGAACUGAA